AUGGACCCCCUUUCUAUUAUCUCAGCGGUAGACCUUUGCUUCAAAUAUGGCACAUAUCUGGUCCAAUUAUGCACUGACUUUGCAAACGCCAAAGGCGAUUAUGCGGAAAAGUUCCUCCGUGUAGAAACUUACUGGAUGAGGACGGAGCUCCAGCUGAAGGUCGUGCGGAGUAUUGCUCCCGAGCUCAGCGAAAAACAUCGCAGGAUUCAACAUGAGACUAUUGCAAUGCUAGCCACCAAGUUGGAGAUUGCUAUCAAUAAUCUUGAGUCCAUUGUCAAGCGUCGUCCUGCCGGGAACAAAGAACUGGAUAUACGUCGGUGGAAGUAUGCGCUCACGAAGGAGAAGAUUGACAGGACCAUCGAGGACCUCAAAGAAUGGCAGUCACUAUUUGAUCCAUCAUGGUAUUUGAUUAUGAAGCUCACGGACAAUAAAGUCGAUUCUGGCCUAAGCACAUACGAAAAAUCUUCUGCUAAACAUUUCCAAGACCCGAUAGCUCCUGCGCAGGCCCUCAGAAGAGCCCUGAAUCCGAGAGCCGCGAACCCUCCAUCGGUUCGCCUCUCAGCGGACUUUCUGAUUUCGAUCAACCCGCAAACAAUACCAUUUUGCUCAGCAGAAGUCGGCAGGAGGCCGGAGAAUGGUCAAUCGCUUAUUGUGGAACGAGUCAAACCUUUGCCAGGAGCCAAUAUCAAGGAUAUUAGCAAAGAUAUACGAGAUCUUGUCAGACGGCUGUCUAAGUCAGAUAGCAUGGAAUUUGGUCUCCUCAGCUGCAAAGGAUAUAUCGCACAUCGAAAACCGGGCUCUUCACAAUCUACUCCAGAUGCAUUUACUAUAAUCUUCCGAAUGCCCGCAAAGCAUGUUCAACCCCGCACUCUCCGUGCUUGUUUCCAAGAGAUGAGCCACACCCACUCACUCUCUGACCGGUUCAAGUUGGCGAAUGAGCUUGCGAAAGCAGUGCAUUCCGUUCACCUGUUUGGAUUUGUUCACAAAAACAUACGACCAGAGACAAUCCUACUUUUUGGAAGUGACGAAUCCUCGCUUGGGUCUGCCUUCCUGAUUGGAUUUGACAGUUUCCGCAUGGCCUCUGGUAAAACAUUGCGCAAAGGCGAAGCAUCGUGGGAACGGUGUCUUUAUCAACAUCCCGACCGCAUAGGAACUGUUUCCUCCAACGAUUAUAUCAUGCAGCACGAUAUCUAUAGUCUUGGUGUAUGCUUGUUAGAGCUGGGACUGUGGGAGUCUUUCGUGUCAUACGAGUCAACCCCGACAAGCAAUGACAAUGCUUCAACCCCUACUCGCGCUUCUAUUCUGGGAAUGGAUCGAGGUGUAUAUUUCCAAAAGCAUCUCCUCUUCUUAGCGCAGGGCGAAUUGCGGAAGCGAAUGGGGACCAGAUAUUCCGAAGUUGUUGUCACUUGUUUGACAUGUUUGGAUCCUGAAAAUGUCGACUUCGGAGCGGAGGCCGAUUUUGAAGAUGAUGAUGGCAUUGAAGUGGGGGCGAGGUAUAUUGAGAAGGUAUGUUGCUUCAACCCAAGUCUCAUGGAAAAUCGAUCCCUAACACAUUACCUGGAAGGUAACGAUGCGACUGAAUAG